ACACUGUAGAACGCAGAACAUGCCAUGUACAGACUACCACGCUUCCUAUGCCCAGCUCUCUCAAGAACAAUCCCGACACGCCGUCCACCAGCUCGACCUCUUUUACUCCAAAACAUAGACAAGCUAGAGAGCUACGUCAAAUCGCUUGAGAAGAAGGUACAGAAGCAGGCCGUUGCUGCGAAAAAGGCAGCAGAGCCUGAGGAAAUAGACCAAGAAUCUGCACUAGCCAUGUAUGCGUCUCUCGCAGACAAGGCACAGACUGCACAGCCGACAGCUGCUCAGUUGCCUGCCACGUUACGCACUACAAUGCAGCUGGCGGAGUCUGCAGACCUCAAAACGGUCGAUUGGGGUCGGGCUGUGUCGCAUUUGAUCAGUAGUGACGAUGCUGCACGUUUGAGCACAUCAGACCUCAAUGGCAUCCUCCUUGCCAUGCCAGCUAGAGCUCGUCUUUCUGCUGGAGAGCGCCUGCUUGCUGUCACCACAUGCAGAAGGGAUAAUCUCUCCUACGACCUCAUGAUGGAUGCGCAUGCCUCGCUCAGUCAAGUCCCACAGGCACUUGCAGCUUUUGAUGCUUUGCAGAAAGCAGGCCUCACGCCAACGCGGUACUCAUACGCACAUCUCAUGAAAGCCUUUGCAAAGACAAGUGACGUCGAACGUGCAGCAGCGCUAUAUAAGCACAUGCAAGCUCGAGGCAUCGAAGCCAAUCUAGUCACCAUUACAACACUCAUCAAUUGCUGUAUUCGAGCCGGCAAGACGGAACGCGCCUUUUCUAUCUUUGAUGCGCUCAAGUACCGUGCCGCCAAUACAGCACCAGAUAUUCACACCUAUACACUCAUGAUUCACGCGUGCGCAAAAGAUAAGACACAAUCGGCUGAGCGAGCCUCUGAGCUCUUUGAAGAGCUUGCUGAACGUGGUCUUCAGCCAACGAGGGCUACCUUUAAUGCGCUCAUCCACGUCUAUGCCACCAGACGCGACUACUUUGCACAAGCUUGGAAGAUGGCUGAACUCAUGAAAUCCAACCAGGUCGACCUAGACAAAACGACUUGGCAUUCUCUCCUGGCAGCUUGUGCCAUGAACAAGGACUUGACACGAGCCAGAAAGCUUGUCCGUGAACUUGAGGUGAUUGGCAAGCAGCAGCCCCUUUGGGCACCUGAUGAGAAGACGUAUCAGCUCUUAUUCAGAACCUAUGCUGGAGCCACCGUGAAGAAGAGCAGAGUCGCUAUUGACGAAGCAACGCUCGGAGAUGAGGGGGAUGCGCAGUCACUCGUGCAGAAAGGCUUAGCUGUUGAGUGGAUUGAGCAAAUGCCCUUCACGAGCAACGAUGUCCUCGAAGAGAGCCGUCGCGUCAUGGCAUACCUCCAGCAACUCCACCCGGAGUCCCUCUCAACGCAACUCAUCGAUACCUAUCUCACUAUCGCCAUUCCUUACAAAGCAUCCAAGCGCUUCAUACAAGACUGGCAGACCUUGUAUGCAAAUCUCGAGCGCAGUCGCUUCUCCUUCCAAAUUGCACUUCAAGCAGCGUACGCUUUUCGCGAUUCUGCCUUUCUCAAUCAAGUCUGGGCAGAGCGAACAGCAUGGCUUGCAAAUACCGCCAACAAACAUCUGAGGCAUGAUCAAGAGGCCACUAAGCUCUACAUUGAGGCGCUGGCUCGCUGCGAUCGCUUGGAGGAAGCGGUGGAUAUCUUGGCUGACGCACGAACGCAUUACCAAUUCACCAAACCAGAUCUACGCUGUUUCCAGACGAAAGCCAUGCAGCUGGCAAAUGAGGAUGCUGUUCUCCUGUACAAUACCAUGUUCCCACCCAACUCUCGUCACGAAGUCCAUCGUGGACGAUUCUAGCAUGAGCAUAUGUCUCUAUUUACAAUUUCGCAUUAGCAUAGCAUACAAGCAUACCGUCUCA